AUGGGAGCGUAUUCGGUUCAGAAGGACUUGCCACCGGCACCAGCGCAGGGUCGCGUGUCGGCGGUGCCCACUGUCUCUUCAGCAUACAGCGACGACUACGCCAACACAAAUCCUGGAAACAACGCCUGCGGAGUUACUGCCGGCAACAAAGACAGCUACCACCCCUCGUAUCAUGCCCACCCGCAACAGCAGGUCAAAGACCAUGGUCCCCAGAUCAGACAGUCUAGGUUGCCACUCUUCAAGCAAGUCCGGUCGAUGCUGCACAAACCGCCACCUCUGACGACUCCCGGCAAUGCCAAGUGGGAUGAGUAUACAGGCGAGCUCAGCGACGAUGGUAAGGCAUCCCAUGUGAAGCCCUCCACGUACGAGACUGCUUUCAAAGCAAGUCGAAAGCGCUCGCCAGAUCGACCAGCCAAGUCGCGCAGGAAUCAGUCGCCGGUAUCAGUACUUCGCGACGACGAGGCUCACGCCAGACCGCCGUUGGAGGCUUCCCGGCAUAGCAUCGAAGACAUCUCGCCCGUCUCACCGGUCUCGGUCGUGUCGCCUGUCCCCACGGCCAUACAUGGCUCAGGCUCGGAUGACGCUUUCGAAUUUGUGCCAGAGAUGAUGCCGGAUCCGCUCUCACCCAACAUCCAACGUCUCCCACAGCUACCACAAACACCAGCAAGCAGCACUCAGAUCAAGCGUAAGCCGGUAUCACGAGCAGUCUCUACAAUCGAGAACAUCCCACCGACCUCGCCACACCAACGAAGCUCAUCUGAAACAAGCGAUCCGGAUCCUGGUUUGAUCGACAACAGGGGUUCUUCAGAUCAAAGACAUCCGAACUCUCACUUCAGCUGGACCACUUAUGCUCCGUCAGUCGCGCCUGGCCGGCAGUCAACAGACACCUACGCCCCUUCCGUCGCGCAAGGUCGCCCAUCCAUGGACACAAUGGCGUCGCGACAGUCGAAGAACCCAGCACACUACUCUUCGGCCAAUGAACCAAAGAAGAGCCACUUCAGUUGGAGCACCGUGAACACUACCGUCACCAACCGCGCACGACCAGAAUCACCACCAAGUCCGCCGCCACCAGUUCCAACGAAGUACUCCGGCCACCCAGUCCAGUCAAUCCUAUCCCGCCAGCGCCCCAUCAAGCGGCUAGAGAAGGAAGAAUGGACUCCUCCACCACGCAAGUCCUCCCGGCCCGAAGGCACAACAACACCAAGGGGCUACACCACACCCACAUCCGCCACCUCAGCCCGUCCACUCCCCCUCCCAAAAGACAGAACUACCACUCCAAUCUCCUACAUGCGCGCCAGCCCAACCACCACCCCCUCCUCAGGAAAAGCCCUUCCGCCACCUCCCCGCUCCGUCAACCUCACGCACCUCGAAUCCCUACUCGCACAAGAACAAUCCCUCGCCCUCCAGCGCCGGAACGUGGAGAAAGGUCUCUCCGAGCUCGAGAAGAUCGAGACGGCUUCGCCAUUGGAGGUGCCUUUUGCUACGGUAAGGGAUGCGAAGAAGAAGCUCGAGGAGUACAGGAAGCGGUUGGCGGAGGUGAUGUUGGAGGAGCGGGAGGUGGGGAUUGCGGUUACGAGGGCAAGGAGGAAGGAGGAGGAGGAGAAUGGGUGGGAGGGGGCGACGCUUUGGGUUAGGAGGGUGACUAGUUGA